AUGGAGUUGCACUGUCUUCCAACUGAGACCCCCACAGGCAGCUCCUGCUCCACAGAACCCAUAUACGACAACUGCCUGCCUCAUGCUCAGAGCCGGAGGAACAGGGACACCCAGAUGGAGCGCAGGGUUCAGCAGCCCACUGUCCCAGGCCCUGCCCCAGCAGUGGCUCUUGGUCCCACUGUGACUGGGGCACGAGGGCCUGGCUUGUGGCCAGACCACAGUUACUGUAGCUGGACAGGAGCUUUGGGACGUCCCGGGUACGGAGCAGAGCUGGGGGCUAGAGGAGGAGACAGUGAGCAGGGAAUCCUCUGGAGAGCUCAGGACAGAGCAGCUCUCAAACACAGUCCAAGCCCAUCACACAGCACUGAACACAGGAGCGCUCUGUCCUUCUAUGACAACAUCCCUGAAGCCAUUACCCCGAACCACCUCCCAGACAGCACCAUGGAAACACAGGAGCACAUGUACCAGGCCUGGGCCCCACAGCAGCUCCAAGGACUCCUGGAGCCUGAGGAGCAGAGCCUGGAGCAGAGCCCCUGGUCCUCCUGUGAGAUCGUCCUGCCAGAGUCCAAAGAUCAGGAUCUUAUGUUGGAGCAGGAUCCAGAGCUGUGCUCGCAGGUGUGUCAGACUGAGCCAUGGCCCUCAGAGGAGGCCCCUGAACCUGUGCGGCUGCCCCCUCCUGUGCCUGUGGCAGACCCCUCAGCCAGUGCCCUCCGCAGCCUCCUCACCAGCCUGCAGCAGCAGAUCACCCGGCAGAGAGGUGAAUACGAGGAGCGCAUUAGCAGCCUGGAGCAAAGGAACGAGGAGCUGAAGGUGGAGGUGACGCGUCUGAAAACAAACUUGUCCCAGCAGCGCCACUGGUACCAGGUGGUCCAGGCCAAGAUCACUGAGACGGAAAAAGCACGCGCUGCAGCAGAGAAACGCAACGCAGCUCUGCAGAGGGAGAUGGAGCAGUUCUUUGACACUUUUGGGGAGCUCAACAAAGAGGCCAAGAAGACUGAAUAUAUUGCCAAGAGCUUUUGA